AUGGAGUUGCACCUGGUGCCGGCCCCGGAAAAGAAGUCAAACCAGAAGGCGAUGAUCCCACCAAGGCGCCUGAGAGUCGACACCUGGAAGCAAAAGAUCGAGCAGGAACAAGCCAAGAUCGACAAACUAACCGCCAAGCUUGCUGACAAGACCGACAAGUCGAAGGCUGGAGGCGACCCCAAGAAGAAGGGAGACGACCCCAAAUCAAAAGACCACGCCAAGAACGGAGACAAAGACAAGCAUACUGACGGCAAGGACGGAAAGAAACCCGUCGAUGGCAAGGACGGAAAGAAGCCUGCUGACGGCAAGGACGGAAAGAAGCCCGUCGAUGGCAAGGAUGGAAAGAAGCCCACCGAUGGCAAGAAACCCGCCGACGGGAAGCCCGCCGCUGGUGACAAGCCCGCCGAUGGGAAACCCGCCGCUGGUGAUAAGCCCGUCGAUGGGAAACCCGGCGACAAGCCUGCUGACAGCAAACCAGUCGACGAGAAACCCGCUGACGCCGGCCUCGGUGGCGCUGCUGGAGGCGCUGCAGGAGAUGCCGCAGGAGGUGCCGCAGGAGGCGCUGCUGGAGACGCUUAACCGAGCAACGACCAUUCUGUCUAAUCGGAUCGCCAUUGCUCACACCCCCGCGCUUUGGCUCCGAUUUCUUAUCUGUCCAUCGUCUCCUUCUUUCCUUCUCCGUGAACAUUUGUUUGUCGGCAAAAAGCCCUUUGACAGGCGGCCUCUCACCAUGUAUAAAUAACU